UGAUUUCCCUCCUUGACACUUUUGAAAGGAUCCCAGACACCCUUCUGUAUCUAUGAGCAGUGGCUUCUCAGAGAGACAUGAUUUGAGAGGGUAAUCAAAAGAAGGGAAGCCCAAGGUAGAGAGAGGUACAUUGGAUAUGCAGGAAGUGGGAGCGCCGUCCCGUGGUGAUUAGUUGGGGCAGUUCCAUGGCUAGAUUUAUGGCACGCAGUUGUUGAACGCCUGACAGACAUCGGAGGCAAGGGCUCCACCGCUGCUACCCCUUUUACUGCUGCUGCUGCUUCAGAGGAGCUCUGUUUGCUACCGGAGAGGAAGCUCUGUCUCAGCACACAAAGCAGAUGGUGAGGGAGCAGUAUGUCACCACCACCCAGGACAGCAGUGUCCCUGCCCCGGUCCCUGACUCCAUCUAUAAGAUCGGGAUCUACGGUUGGAGGAAGCGCUGCCUCUACCUGUUUGUCCUGCUGCUCAUCAUCAUCCUCACCGUGAACUUUGCCCUCACCAUAUGGAUCCUCCGGGUCAUGUGGUUGAACACAGAAGGGAUGGGACAUCUAAAAGUAACAGCGGAGGGAGUGAGGCUUGAGGACGGCAAGUCAGAGUUCCUCUUUCCUCUCUACGCCCAAGAGAUCCACUCCAGAGUGGACUCCUCUCUCCUGGUGCACUCAUCUGAAAACGUCACUCUCAAUGCCCGCAAUGAAAAUAAUGAUGUCACAGGAAGUCUCUCCGUAGGUCCAGAUGUGGCCCAGGGAAAUGCACUGAAUUUUGUCAUCAGCUCCAACACCAAGACGCUGUUUUCUGCAGAUGACAAAGAGGUGGUUGUUGGAACAGACACACUUCGUGUUACAGGUCCAGAAGGUGCUCUGUUUGAACACUCUGUAGAGACGCCCCUGCUCAGAGCUGAGCCCUUCAAAGACUUGAGGCUGGAGUCUCCAACCCGCUCUCUCAGCAUGGAUGCACCAAAGGGAGUCUUUGUCAAAGCACUGGCCGGGAACAUCGAGGCUGCAUCUAACAUGGAUAUUCUAUUGCACUCCAGUGAAGGACUGGUGAUUCUGGAUGCCGAGUCUUUGCGUCUGCCGAGUCUCCCCCUGGGACAUGGAGGGGUGUCUGGAAACGCUCAGGGACUCUACGAAGUGUGUGUCUGUCCUAGCGGAAAGCUGUUCCUGUCCAAGGCUGGGGUCACCUCCAUGUGCAGCGAAAGCCAAGAGUGCUAGCGAGUGUCUCUGCCAUCAGAUUAUACCAUAUUGAAUGAAAAUGCCUUUAAAUUGGGUACUCGGACACACUUUCAUAUAAAGCAAAAAAACGAUCACAACUUUUCAAUUCUGAACAAAACUGCCAGUUGAACUGCAGACAUAUCCUCCUAAGUAAUUUAUCUAUGGUGCAUUUUAUUGAUGGAAGUUACAUUUGAGACUAUUUUACUAUGUAACUGAAACAGUGACAUGACAAAUUUAUACCACAUUAAUAAGUGGCUUACUUCUGCAGAAUAGUUAUUGAUGCCAUUUUAUGUUUACACUGAGUUGAGAUGAUUGUUUAUUUUAUAAUUACCGUAUUAUGGCUGGGCAAUGAGGAGCUGGUUAACAGAUUAUAUCCUAUGCAAUAUGUUUUAUGUGGGCCCGGUUUCCUGGACCCAGGUGAAGCUUAGUCCACAAUGGAGAAUCUCCCAAUGAAAGUGAUUUUUAGUGUAGGCUUCAUCUGGGUCCGGGAAACCGGCCCAUAGUGUAUUAAUGUUGGGCAAAUGGAGAGAAAAGGAUGAUAUGAUCUAGUCUGUAGAUACACUGAGUAUACCAAACAUUGGGAACACCAUCCUAAUAUUGAGAACAGCCUCAUGGUGUCAAUUGUUCCACAGGGAUGCUGGCCCAUGAUUACUCCAUGUUUCCCACAGUUGUGUCAAAUUGGCUGGAUGUCCUUUGGGUGGGUCAUUCUUGAUAGACAUGGGAAACUGUUGAGCAUGAAAAACCCAGCAUCAUUGCAGUGCACCUGGCACCUACUACCAUACUCAGUUCAAAGGCAUUUACACCUUGUGUCUUGCCCAUUCACCAUCUGAAUGGCACACACACAAUCCAUGUCUCACUUGUUUCGAGGCUUAAACAUUCUUAUUUAACCUGUUUCCUCCUCUUCAUCUACACUAAUUGAGGUGGAUUUAGCAAGUGGCAUCAAUAAGGGAUCAUAGCUUUCACCUGGAUUCACCUGGUCAGCCUAUGUCAUGGAAAGAGCAGGUGUUCUUAAUGUUUUGUAUACAAAUGCAACCUAGUUAUGGUCUAAGAAAGAUAAUAUAAAAUAGAGGUACAGUUGAGUGUGUUUGUGUUACACAUUCAUUAUGCAAUGUUAAGCAAUCUGAUACAUCUGUUGCUAGAGAUUUUAAAAAGGGACUGUUUUCCCAAGUACUUAAUUCCAUCUCCCAGUUCACCAGCUGCCACUGUGUUUCUGUUGUUUUUUAAAUGUAUGCAUUUAUUGUGUAAAAUUUAUUUAUUUGUAUGUUUUUUUAUGUGUGGUAUAUGGCCAUAUAUCACAAACCCCCGAGGUGCCUUAUUGCUAUUAUAAACUGGUUAACAACAUAAUUAGAGAAGUACAAAUACAUGUUUUGUCAUACCCGUGGUAUACGGUCUAAUAUACCACGGCUGUCAGCCAAUCAGCAUUCUGGGCUCGAAUCACCCAGUUUAGAUUAGUCAGUCAAACUAAUCAGUAUACUGUAAGUAAUAACUUUGCAAGAAUAGGAAAUGAAAUGGAUAGUGUGACAUUUUGGCAACUAAGCCCCUCGUUCUACUUACCCAGAGUCAGAUGAACUCAUGGAUACCAUUUGUAUGUCUCUGCGUGCAGUAUGAAGGAAGUUGAAGGUACUUUCUGGAACCAUUGCUAACUAGUGUGGUGACUGGAAGUGUACAGGAACUGCUAGCAUGCAUUUUCAUCAAUCUCUCAAAUUUGCUAUAUUUUCUUUUUAAUACAUGGUUGUGUUUCUAUCUCCUUCCUUGGUAUAGGCCACGACAUUAAAUAUGCUAUGAUGUCGCACUUCUAAUCCUAUUGCACUGCAAUACUGUAGCCUACCCAUAGCCAACUGUCACAUACUGUCAAGGUUAACAGUCUAUUUACUUUUGCGCAUGCUUGGCUAUUGAAUUAGCAAUUGAUAAAUGGUAGCCUACUAUUUGUUGUGUGGCGGGAAUAAUUUAAACCAGUUAUGUCAGAAAAGGAAACACGUCCUGCAAUGUGAUUAUGAUAUAGGCCUAUAUAAAAGUAAAAUAAACACAUUAGAUGACAUGCUGCUAUGCAAUCUCUUUACCAAUGGCAAAUGCAUCUGUUUUAUCACUAGGCCUACGUUUUAAUGUUUUUAUUAGCCUACCAUCAUUAUAAAUCUCGUACAUCAAACACCUCCCAUUUUCCCCAAACAAGCAAUAAACCUAUUUGUUGCAAUGCAGUUGAUCAACCUUCUAAAAGUUGUGUACACAUAUGGUUUGAGAUUUGCGUGGAGAUAGGCACUUUCCUGUCAUGUUCACAAUUGAUAAAUACCAGUCUUUGCAGAAAAACUAGCGCUCGCAAGGUUCAGAGUAUUUUUUGUAGCCUGUGUGUUCUAUUUUAGGGAAUAUUUAUUGUACAUUUUGAUUUUAGAAAAAAAUGGUAGCUUCUUAGUUAUCUUGUCAUGACCUUGACUGUAAUAUAGAUUCUAAUGCGUUACUGUUCACCCAUGUUGUAUACAUGUUUGCUUGUUGUCCUUAUACAGUAAAUAUUCUAGAAUUGUCAGUGAAGUUGAUGUUUUGAUAAAAUUGUGGAACAUGUUUGCCAGGUUUUGUAUGUUUGAAUAAAACAUGUGCUAUUCUUGUAAAAAAGCUCCUGUCUUUUUAACAGAAUAACAUGUAUAUACAGUGGGGAGAACAAGUAUUUGAUAACCUUCAAAAUCGGCAGUGUUUUCCGAUUUACAAAGCAUGUAGAGGUCUGUAAUUUUUUAUCAUAGGUACACUUCAACUGUGAGAGACGGAAUCUAAAACAAAAUCCAGAAAAUCACAUUGUAUGAUUUUUAAGUAAUUAAUUUGCAUUUUAUUGCAUGACAUAAGUAUUUGAUACAUUAGAAAAGCAGACCUUAAUAUUUGGUAAAGAAAACUUUGUUUGCAAUUACAGAGAUCAUACGUUUCCUGUAGUUCUUGACCAGGUUUGCACACACUGCAGCAGGGAUUUUGGCCCACUCCUCCAUACAGACCUUCUCCAGAUCCUUCAGGUUUCGGGG